UGAACGCCUGCGUAUGGAUGCGCGCUGCUCGAACUGACCAAUCAAGAGGCUUUGUUGCAGAAAUUUAAAGGUCUGUACGGCGCUUUUCGAGAACCACAACCACUGAGCCACUAUCAGGAAAACAUCUCAGAAUCUCCUCUCUACUACUGCUAAACUUCCCUUCUUGUGUGAAAAUGUCGGAGAACUCUGCUCGCCUGAACCAAUUCAAGAACAAAGGCAAAGACGUUAAUGAGCUCCGUCGGAGGAGGGUGGAGGUGAAUGUGGAGCUCCGAAAAGCGAAGAAAGAUGAUCAGAUCUUCAAGAGGAGGAAUGUGUCUGCACUUCCUGAUGAGGCGACUUCUCCUCUGCAGGAAAGAACACAAAACUGCCAGGCUGCCAGACAGUGGACAGUUGAAGAAAUUCUUACUGGAGUGAACAGCGGCAAUCCCGAGUCCCAGCUCCAGGCCACACAGGCUGCAAGGAAGCUGCUGUCUCGUGACAAACACCCUCCCAUUGACCAGUUGAUAAGUGUCGGACUGAUCCCCAAGUUUGUGGCCUUCCUGGGGCUCCAUGACUGUCCUCCCAUCCAGUUCGAGGCAUCCUGGGCUCUGACCAACAUCGCCUCAGGGACGUCCGAUCAGACCGCCGCUGUGGUCGAGGGUGGGGCCAUCCCUGCGUUCAUCAGCCUGGUCACAUCCCCCCACCAGCACAUCAGCGAGCAGGCCAUCUGGGCCCUCGGAAACAUCGCUGGUGAUGGAUCAGCUCUAAGAGAUCGGGUCAUCAAGCAUGGAGCUGUGGCCCCUCUACUCAGCCUGCUGGCCGUCCCUGAACUCUCCGUUUUUAAUACUGGCUACCUGAGAAAUGUCACCUGGACGCUGUCAAACCUCUGUCGCAACAAGAACCCAUCUCCUCCCAUGGCUGCCAUCCAGCAGAUGCUGCCUUCCCUCAUCCGUCUCCUCCACUGCGACGACCUGGAGGUGCUGGCCGACGCCUGCUGGGCUAUUUCCUACCUGACGGACGGCUCCAACGACCGCAUCGAGGUGGUGGUCCAGACCGGUUUGAUUCCUCGUCUGGUGAAGCUGCUGGGCUUCAACGAGCUUCCUGUCGUUACCCCGGCACUCAGAGCUAUCGGAAACAUUGUGACUGGUACAGAUGAGCAGACUCAGGCCGUGCUGGAAGCUGGAGCUUUGAAAAUGUUCCCCCAGCUGCUGCGCCACAAGAAAGCCAACAUCCAGAAGGAGGCGGCAUGGACUCUGUCCAACAUCACGGCAGGGAAGGACACCCAGAUCCAGGAGGUCAUCAACGCCGGCCUAGUCCAUUACAUGGUCGAGUUGCUUGUGCGGGGUGACUACAAAACCCAGAAAGAGGCGGUGUGGGCAGUUACAAACUUCACCAGCGGGGGCACUGUUCAGCAGGUCGUCUACCUCGUUCAAGCCAACGUCCUUGAGCCUCUUCUGAAUCUACUCUCCUCCAAAGACAGCAAAACUGUCCUGGUCAUCCUGGACGCCAUCACCAACAUCUUCAUGGCCGGGGAUAAAAUCGGGGAGUCGGACAAGCUGAGUCUGAUGAUUGAAGAGUGUGGAGGACUGGAUAAGAUCGAGGCUCUGCAGUCUCACGAGAACGAGAUGGUUUACAAAGCAGCUCUCAACCUGAUCGAGAAAUAUUUCUCAGAGGAGGACGAGGAGGUUCAGUGCGUGGCUCCAGAGGCGACGGAUGACGCCUACGCCUUUAGCAUCGGUGAAAACCAACAGAGCACUUUCAAUUUCUAAUCAUCCUCAGCUACCUCUGAUAUUAACUGUACUCUCCCUUCACUGCUCCUGUCUGUUCUCUGUUCAUGUCAUCGUGAGGUUUUCCUGUUUUUGUGUGUUGUACAGACCAUUUUAAUGUGACUGUAAAUAAAGAUGUUGGAUAAUG